AUGUCUGAAGUGCUCCAAGAGAUCCAGAAAAAGCUAGUGUUCCCAAUUGACUUUGCCAGUCAGCGUCGCACGGACCAAUUGGUGCAUCGUGCUCUACUUUUCGGCACUAUUUCAGCAAGUUUAAUCGGGUUUCUCACCCAAUCGCUUUUCAAUCUAGUGAUCGGUUUUGGAGCCACCGUCGCACUAUGUAUGCUUGUGACUCUUCCCAGCUACACAACGUACAACAAGAAACGCCUUGAAUGGGUCAAGCCCAAGAUUCGGGUGUAA